GGUAUAUCGUAGGUGAAUCGAUGAGCUUCGACAGUCUCAAGUUCCAAAGAACUUACAGUCAGUGAGAAAAAAGCGCUAAAAAGAUUUAAGUGCAUGGAGUUGGCGAUCUGUUCACAUCCGCAAAGUCCGUAGAAAGGUUAUUUCAACAAAUCGUAAAAUUGACAGUAUGUCCUCGCUAGAAAGGGAGGAAUCAUGGGAGAGCGAAGACCCUGAUAGUUCUUCACACCAAACGCCAAGAGAAAGUGAAGCGAAAGAAGAAGUCUUGGAAUCAAAAUAUACAGAAACUGAAGAACUACAAACAGACGCCAUUUACGAGGUCCUCCCCAAAAAUCAACAACCCUCAAAUGACGUGUAUGACACGUUGCAGGACACUAAGGCGUGUUAUGAAAAUGUUUCACAGAAGCUUAAGGAAAACAAGAAGGAACGAAUACAAGAAAACAAGCCAAAAAAGGACGUAGAGAAAAUAGAAGACGUUUUCGAAAUGGCUAAAUUAUUUAAACUGCUUCAUAUCAAACACGACAGUAAAAAAUUGGACCUUGAUGAAAUGCUUAAGACAGUGAAAAAGGAAUUAAAAAAACACAGUUCCGGAAGCGGAAAAUAUUCAAAUGGAACUACGGGAUAUAAGGUGAUUGCAAAGGCUAAAGCAGAAGAUAUGUUGAAAAGAGAAAAACUAGAGAAAUUAUAUUCCGAAGUUGAAGAUUGUGUGAAGCAAUUGGAUGAUCGCGCGAUUGAGGUUCUAGACGUCUAUUAUGGCGAUAAAGGUGUUUUGAAAGCUUUGGAAGAACAAAAGAAAAGCCUAACAAACACAGAAUAUAACGUUCUGAUUGCAGGUGAAAGUAGUUCUGGGAAAAGUAGUUUAUUGAAUCUUAUUCUUGGUGAAGAGCUUCUUGCACACCACGUUCUCAAUACCACAUCCACAAUAUGCGAACUGAAGUUUGGAGAAAAAAGGGAAAUGAUCGUUCACUAUAAGUACGACGAAGAAAAGAAGUCACGUCCUUUGCCUGAAAUAUUGACGUUAGAAAGCGAAGACAAUUAUUAUAGUAAAAUCGCCACCUUUGUGCAAGUUAAGCCAAACGAGCGAGAAAAGGGAUCCGACUAUGCAAGAGUGGAAAUUUUUUGGCCGCAUGAAUUACUUGAGGAGGGUGUUGUUAUCAUUGAUAGCCCAGGCCUGGGUGAAUCGGAUGAAAUGGACGAAGUUUUAAUGAAUUAUCUUCCGAAUGCUUUUGCAUUUAUCUAUGUUCUUGACACUUUCCAUGCUGGAGGAAUUCAAAAAGACAUCAAAGAAAAGUUGAUGGACAUCUUAAAAGUGGUGCAGUCCUCUGAUGGUGGCGUUGAAAACCUUCAAAAUUUAGCUGAAUGUUCGCUUUUCGUCUGCAAUAAAUGGGAUUUGGUAAAAGAGGAUGAAAGGCCAACAGUGAAGAAAUAUGUCACUGCAAAACUAAGCGAGUGUUGGGAAAAUUCAAAUUUGAAUCAUCAAAUGGUGUACAUGUCAAUAACAGACGCCAUCAAAGCACAGGAAUAUGGCGGGGUCACAGAGGAGUUCAAUCUUUUACUUAAACAAAUAAAGACGAUGGUAUUGAAGGCGAUCAAUAUAAGACUAUACAAUCAUUGGCAGUGGUUGUAUGCAGUGUUGCACCAUAUUCAUAGAGUAACCUACUUCUUUAACCAAGAGAUACAAUCAACCCACCAAGAAACUUGUGAACGGAUGGCUUCAAUCGAGAAACGCAUUGAGAAAAUUGAAAAGCAAGAGCAAGAGGUGAGAAAGAGCAUGGAAACAAGAGUGCAAUACCAGACCAAAGUUCUCAACGGCAAACUGGUUGGAUAUGUCCAUUCAACCGAUUUCGAAACGAAGCUUUGCACUUGGGUCCGCUCUUCAUCUCCACCGCCUGGAGUCGACUGGGAAACAACAAAAAGCAACGUGAAGAAAGCAAUUGAUUAUAAAUUUAAAGAAUUGCUUAUUCAGUGGGAGAAAGAAAGUCAUGUGUACGAUGAAAUUCACAGGAAGCUACUGGACGAAUUUCGUACAAGGUUGAAUCUUUUGGAAGAGGAACUUCAAGGUGUUGACAAAGCGAUGCAUAUUGUAGAAAGACAAACCGACUAUACGAAGAAUAAAAGUAAAAUCCCAACCGCAGCCAAAGUUCUCUUCGGAGCAACAAGCCCUCUUUGGAUUCCAUUCGGUGUGGCGGGAUUGGUAUUUGGUAUACCUGUUUUGGGAGCAUUGGCGGUGAGACAGAAAGUUGAUGAAAAAAAGAAGCUGGAUGCUUACAAAAAAAACCCCCUUGACUACUUGAAAAGAAGAUCUCGAAAAUAUCUUGAGCGACUCCCAAAACUACACGUGUUACAAUAUGCCCAACGACAAAUGGAGCACACCAGAAUGGUGCUAUCAAAAUAUGCAGAUCAACUCCCCAUUCUGAUAGAGGCUGAUCGGAAACUGGUGAAGCAAUUAACUAAUGAAACCCGAAGCCAUGACGAUAUAUUUAAACUUUAUGAUCCAAUUCAGAAGCAAAGUGCCAGGAUAAUAGAUACUAUUAUACCCUUGGGAGUUGAACUUUGUCCAGCGACUGUGAAUGCAAACGAUCUUGACUGGAAAGAAGAGAGCGUUUCAUCCCUCGGAGAGGGAGAGUUUUCCACUGUGUACAAAGGGAAGCUAAACGAUGCUGGUGGAACGGAGUCAGAUAUUUCUCAAAUGGACGUGGCAGUGAAAGUAUUCACGCAUCCAUUUGAUGCACCAAAUACUAAAUUCUUUCUGUACGAAGAAGUACAUAUUAGGGAUUUGGAACAUAAAAAUGUUCUCAAGUAUUUUGGGGCAGCCAGAAUCACAUCUCUCUCAUCUAACAUGUAUCAGUUUAUAUUCGUGACGAAAGCCUGCCGAGAAAACCUCAGAAGUGUAAUUUUCAGAAACCGAAAUCUGACACCAGCGAAAUCCGAAAACACCAAACUGGCAAUUGGCAAAUUCUUUAACUGGGCGAUGGACAUAGCGGAUGGUCUCAACUACAUUCACGAGAGAGGACUUAUCCACAGACAUCUCAAGCUUGAAAAUGUUUUGGAAAAUGAAGAUGGAACAGCGAUGAUAUCCGAUAUUGGAAUUGUGGGACGAUUUCUGGAAACAGAAAAAAGCAUAAUUUACCUUGCACCUGAAGUACUAAAAGUCCUCACAAAUCGUACAAAAGAGUCAGAUAUUUAUAGUUAUGGUAUUGUGUUGUGGGAGAUGUGGUAUGGUAUGCCGGCGUUCAUGGAACACAUGCCAAUAAAAAAAGCCCAAUUCCAGAAAAUGAUAGCCAAUGGGAUACGUCCAAAGGCAGAUAACAAGAAGAUCAGCAUUCCAGCAAUACAUGAUGUCAUGAAGAACUGCUGGGCCACAGAAGCAGAAAAAAGAUAUUCCGCCAAAAAAUGUUCUGGAAAGUUUCGGGAAUUACAAAACGAGCCAAGUGAAACCGAGGACACAACAUUCUAACGUUUAUAACAGGAUUUUCCUUAAAUUUACCCUUAAUGUAUUGCAGCUAGCACACUCAGAACAUUACUGAAAACACAUAUUUGUGGAAAAAGAUUUCCCAUAGGAAAGCCUGUUUGUAGUAGCUUCAUAUUUUCGAGAUUUCUAAAUUGUAUUAUUAUCUGUAAUUCUAUUUUCCCAUUACACAUAUUUAGACAAAUUAAUGUGAGCAAUAGUUACAUAAUAUGGAAACUCAUUCA